AUGAUCGUAGGCCCCUACCCGGUGGAACCUGGCAGUGUCAUCCUGGAGUUGGUCGCUAGAUUACCCGCACAACCCAGAGAGAAGACCCUCUCAACCAAAUUCCCACCUCACUGUCCAGUGUCCUCCGUCUUGGUUGUUCGCCAUACCCCAGCAAGCCUCGAUCGUACCGGUCGUUAG